CGUAGCGGUGCACACGAGGCGGAUGACUCUGUACCGUUUUCUCUGUAGCGGAUUGCUGUUCUGCAGAACUUCUGGAUAGUUAGUCACUUAUAACGCCGGGGCACAUCAACACGUUCAUGCAUGUGGUCAUAUUUUUAUUCACUGACACCAUCAUCCACCUGUGAGCAGCCUUUUGCCCUGAACGACUCUGUGUCUAACUGCUGACAUCCUCGAAGAUCUCCACUCAAACCUACACGCUUGGCCAAGAUGGACCAGUUUUAAUGUAAUUAUAAUGGCCUAUAUGCUCUUGUCUCGCAAUUGGGAUCAACCUGUUGCAAGUUUAUUAUAACCAAGAUCUCUCCGUCGCGCGUCAGCCAGCUUUUACGCACAACGAUGAGCUCGGAAAAGCCAAACUUUCUCUCUCAGCCCGUCGUGAAGAACAUUUUCAUGUUCCGGAACGGUGAUCCUUACUAUGAGGCACGCCGGAUUGUGAUAAACCAAAAGAGAGUGUCCAACUUCGAGACUUUGCUGAGAGAGGUAACCGGCGGGAUACAAGCCCCGUUUGGAGCAGUGAGAAACAUCUACACACCGAGAGGAGGCCACAAGGUGGACUGCUUGGAGAGUCUGCAGAGCGGGGAGCAAUACGUCGCUGCUGGGAGGGAGAGAUUCAAAAGACUGGAUUACCAACUGAUUGGCAUGAGAAGGAAGAGGAUGUUGCAGACUCUUCCAAUGCAGGCCAAACCACUGCCACCAAAUCGAAUCAUUGUGUCAGCUCGAUUCCUCAAACCCAUCAAGGAGCCAUGUACAAUAUUUGUGGUAGCAAAUGGCGAUGUCUUGAACCCUGCCAUGAGGCUGUUGAUCCACCAGAGGAUGCUGGGCCAGUUUGAAAGAAUACUAGAGAUGAUGACAGAGAAGAUGGGUAUGAAAGUCUUCGGAGGUGUUCGAAGUCUUUACACUUAUGAAGGUCAGCAGGUGACUGAUGGGAAUCAGCUGGAGAGCGGUCAGCUUUAUGUGGCUGUGGGUAGAGAGAAAUUCAAGAAGCUGGCCUAUAGUGACCUACUCUUCACCAAACCCAGAGGGACAAGGAGAGUCAAUGGAAUGAAAGCUUAUUCUCUACCGCCUAUCUACAGAUUCUCCAAGCAAAAUGGAAAUAGUAAGUCUGUGGUCCGUAGCAGUGAUAGUGGAGAUGGAGACUCUAAAGCUUCUCCUCCGGUCCACAAUGGCAACAACAACAAGGAGCACCUGUCCUCCAUUGUUAGAGAGAUCUCCCAGGCCAGACUCAUGACCCUUAGGAAGAAGAGGAGUGGACAAAGCAUGACCCUCAACAUCUCUGACAAUGAUGACCCUGAAUCAAAGGCAGAUGAUGGAAACACUGAGGAAAAAACCCCUCAAGACCAGCCAGCUGAAGAGAAACCUGCAGAUGAUGAUACAAAAGCCGCAGAGGAGAAUGAUGAAAAGGCAUCAGGGAAGGUAGAAGAGAAGGAGGAGGCCGCUGCUGAAAACACCAAAGAAGAAGACGAGUCCAUGAACAAAGAGGGAGAGGCAACAACGGGAUCGGAGGAGAAGAAGGAGAAGGAGGAGGAGGAGAAGGUAGAAGCUGAAGUGGAGGAAGAGGUCACGGAUGAGUGCAAGGAGGAGGUUAAGAGUGAGGAGCAGGGGUCCAGUAGUAGCAACAGUGAUAAGAACCAGGACAGUAAAGAGAAAGAAGAUGAAGGCCAUACAUCUUCUGAGGGUGAAAAGAAUGAGCAAGACAAAAAUAAAGACAAAGAGAAGCAAGAUAAGGACAGUGGAGAGGGGGAGAAAGACAGUGAGGUUAAUGAUGUAGACAAAAGGGAGGAACAGAAAGAGACAGAAAACAGCAAAGAGCCAGGGAAGACUGAGUCGGAUAACGAGACAAAAGAGAAUGAUGGCAGCAGAAGUAACAGUAGAAACAGUAACCACAGAGAAGAUGGGAGCAAAACUCGAGAGGAAGCUACAAAAGAGUCAGGAGAAGAAGAGAAAAAGGUAAACGGAGAGGUCAGUGGAGAAGCUGAUGAGGUGAAAAGUGAAGCGGAGUUGGCCACAGAGGAUAAAAACUCAGCGAGUAACAAAGUUGCCACAGCAAAUGGAGAGAAAGCAGAGGGUGAUGAUAAAGGUAAUCAAGAUAAAAGCAAGAAAGAGAAGGCUUAG